UAAGCGUGAGAAUAUCAUGUUUAAUCAAUCACUAGCAUUUCUUGGCUUCCUUACCUUCUUCUCCUUCGGGUUCAUGCGCCAACCAUUUGUUUGUAAUGAAUUUAAGCAGCUCAAACCUUCAUAGCACUGUCAAUAUAUCAAUCAAUCAACAUUGAGAAGAAAUGGGAUUGACAAGAAAACAGCUUACUAUUCUUUUUCUCUGUCUCUGCUUUACAGUUUUUCUGCAACUGACCUCUGUUUCUUCUUCUACUUCGCCUCAGGGUCAAAAGGAAACUGCAUCUUCAAGAAGUUUUGAGCACGAGAAAGAAGUGCAUUGUUCAAGAGAAAGGAGUAGGGCAGCAUGGAAAAUAAUCGACGAGUAUUUGAUGCCCUUUGUGGAGAAAGAACGAUAUAAGAUCUCGAGUAGGUGCAGGCUUCAUCCAGAGAAUGACUUAUACAGAGAUCAAGAACAGCAUAAGAUGCAUGUAGAUAUAAAUGAAUGGCGAUGUGGAUACUGUAAGAAGACCUUUUAUGAAGAGAAGUACCUUGAUAAGCAUUUUGAUAACAGACAUUAUGAUCUGUUGAAUGUGAGUCAUAGCAAGUGCUUGGCAGAUGUAUGUGGUGUGUUGCAUUGUGAUCUUGUGCUGGAUUCUGCGCCACACAAGACCAAGUGCAAUCCUGCUGCCACAGGACGGAAUAAACAUCUGUGUGAGAGUCUCGCUGAUAGCUGUUUCCCAGUCAAUGAGGGUACUUCAGCUCUCCGUCUCAAUGAGUUCUUCUUGCGCCAAUUUUGUGAUGCCCACACUUGCUCUGGAGGUCGGAAGCCAUUUUCUAAAGGGGGGAAGAAGGAGACAAGCACACUGUAUGUUAUAAUUUCUGUUCUGGUUUUGAUGCUUCUGGCACUUUUCUACAUCUUCAUGUAUUUGUACCUGAGGGGAAUAAAAAGGGGCUCCCAAGGGCUGAAGCACAUCUCAAAAAGUGGACAGAAGAAAAGGUCUUGAGAACUGGUGCAUACCUUUUUUUUUAUGUAAUCAUGGUUACAGUGCUUUAGUUUAUACAUAGUUGUUCUGCACUACAGGUUGAAAGUGAUAUUGAUGCACCCACCCUAAAUUUUAGUGCAGAGAAGAAAUAGAUAGAGCAACAAUAGUAUGGUACAUUUGCCAUCAUUUUCCUUCAAUACAACUGCUCUAUAAAUUGUUCUUUUUACGGGAUAUUUUACAGCACAUCAAUGUCCACUAGUUCGCUUCUGUUA